UGUUGGAAAUACUCACAAGAACUGUAUUUCAAACAAGACCGAAGAAACUAAGUUUGCACGACAUGACACAGUGUUUGAGCCUAAUCUCCUGAAAUUAAAAGUUAAAUUGUCCGGUAGCUCACUGAAGUGGUUUCAGUGUGAAAAAUACGUCAGAUGCACGCAAAUCAGGAUUUCACAUUUAAGAAGCGUUUACUUUCAUGUUCAUAUUUCACAUGUGAAACGCAGCUCCUCUUGGUGUUGUUUCCGCAUAAUUAAAGGAAUCCCCGCCCAGCUCAGCUCGGUCCCGGGCAGCUUGGCUGCGUGCGUUGUUUGGGGACAGUCCCGAAGAUGGCGACGGCCCAGCUGUACUGCGUCUGCCGGCAGCCGUACGAUGUGAGCCGGUUCAUGAUCGAAUGCGAUAUCUGUAAGGACUGGUUUCACGGCAGGUUCCAUGUGGCACUGCUGCCUGCCACCAAUGGGAUUAAGCCGUCUAGCCGGUCGCCGGGGGCUGGCUGUUAUCUGGCUCCAUGCACAGCCUGGUUUGGGAGGCAGGAGCUGCUGGGCUGUGUUGAGGUAGAAGAGCACCAUGCUGUGGAUAUUGAUGUUUACCACUGUCCCAACUGUGACGCCCACCAUGGACCCUCUCUGAUGAAGAAGCGAAGAAACUGGCACAGACACGACUACACCGAGCCAGAUGAUGGCAGUAAGCCAGUGCAGGCUGGCACCUCUGUGUUUGUGCGGGAGCUGCAGGCCAGGACCUUCCCCAGUGGAGAUGAGAUCUUGCAGCAAAUGCAUGGCAGUCAGGUCACCCAGAGAUAUCUGGAAAGGCAUGGCUUCCGCUAUCCCAUCGCUGUACACAAAAUGGAAGAGCUCGGCCUUCGUUUACCCCCGCCGGAUUUCUCCGUCAAGGAUGUUGAGCGCUAUGUCGGAGGCGACAAAGUGAUUGAUGUCAUCGAUGUGGCCAGGCAAGCAGACAGCAAGAUGAAACUGAGUGCAUUUGUGAAGUAUUACUACAGCCCUCAGCGGCCCAAAGUCCUCAACGUCAUCAGUCUGGAGUUUUCAGACACCAAGAUGUCAGAGCUGGUGGUGGUUCCUGAUAUUGCUCAGAAGAUGUCUUGGGUGGAGAACUACUGGCCUGAUGACUCUUACUUCCCCAAGCCCUUUGUGCAGAAGUACUGCUUAAUGGGUGUGAAGGACAGUUAUACCGACUUCCAUAUUGAUUUUGGGGGCACAUCUGUGUGGUACCACGUCCUGUGGGGGGAGAAGGUUUUUUACUUGAUAAAGCCGACCCCAGCCAACCUUGCACUGUAUGAGGAAUGGAGCUCGUCUCCAAACCAGAGUGAAGUGUUCUUCGGGGAGAAAGUGGACAAGUGCUACAAAUGUGUUGUGCGGCAGGGAACAACUCUUCUGAUCCCGACAGGAUGGAUCCAUGCGGUUCUCACCUCUCAGGAUUGCAUGGCUUUUGGAGGAAACUUCCUCCACAACCUCAACAUAGGCAUGCAGCUCAGGUGUUAUGAGAUGGAGCGGCGAUUGAAGACUCCAGACCUCUUUAAGUUUCCUUAUUUUGAGGCCAUUUGUUGGUAUGUAGCGAAGAAUCUGCUGGAGACUCUCAAAGAGUCCCGAGAAGAUAACUGCCUGCCUCCAGAAUAUCUGAUCAAGGGAGUGAAAGCUUUGAUUACUGCACUGAGGAACUGGCUAAAGAGAGAGGUCACAGAGCCAGCCAGCGAGGUCCCUGACCAUAUCAGACCCAGCCAUCUGAUUAAAAUGCUCACCAAGGAAAUCCAGUACCUUGAGGAUUAUCAGAAUGGGAAUUGUGGAAGCAAGCUAAUGAAAUCUCAAGGGAUCUCUGCGUGUCCUUCCACGAGGUCGGCACAUGAGAGACGUUCUCAUGCACGCAGGACAGCCAGACGUCUUCGUGACCAGGACCAUCAUCACUCUCACAGCCCUAAAGCUCCCUCCAACCUCGACAUCUUUGAGCAGCACACCCAGGAAGUCUUAAAAAGACUAGAAAUGGGUCCCAAUGAGGAGGAUGCCUCCUUUAACCUGAAGUUCAACAAGGUCUCCACGGCCUCAGCUGCAGUGGCAGAGCGGAGUUUGGAUAACAACUUGCGUCUGCUGCUAUGCAAUGGACGUAUAAUCAGAGAUAACAGGCAGCAUGUUGGAGAGAAAAGACCAAGGAUAAAGGAAGACGAAGGCUCCAGAGAUGUGAAGAUGGAUUCAUUCAAGAUUAAACUAGUACCUAAAGAGGAAGAACAGGAAGUGGAUAUUCAAAUCAAAGAGGAGGAUAAGCAGCAUUAUGUAGCCAGAGACAUAAAGCCCUUCGCAGAUUUUAAUAAGCAAGAGAGCUCCGAUCUCAGGAACAGAGAAUCAGUUCUUUCAGACAUCUCUUCGGACUCUGAAUCAGAUGCGGAGUACAGUAUACGGGAAAAGAACUGCUCUGAGGGAGAAUCGGAAAGCUCUUCAGAGGAAGAGGAAGAUGAAAAGAUUAGGAGGAGUGGAGACGACCAGAGUAAGACCAAAAGUUGCACUGGCUACACAACGGAUGAGCAUCCAUCCAGGCAAAACCUUGACCCUUUUGAAAAACGUCUUAAAAGUGAAUCCGCUACCUCGCCAAGCACAGAAGAGGAUGCUAUCCAGGGAAUGCUGUCUAUGGCCGGAUUGUUGUAUUCUCACCCGUCAGAAGAUCCCAGCAGUUCACAGGAAUCCUGGUGGUCCCGAACCAACCGUCCCUCCCCUGACUACAGUAGAAAGGAGGUUGCAUCAGGAGAGGAGAACCAGGAUUCAGACAGCAAUUCAUCACAGGAGAGCUUUCGGGAGCGGGAUUCAGAAGGAGAACAUCACGCCAAACUCAAGCAUAGGAUCCAGGAACACAAGAACUUCAUGGACAGCCAGGGCAGUGGCAGCAACAGCAGCAGUGAGGCGUGGAGCAGUCACACACACUCCCCAGCCCAUGGGGAAAGCCCCACUUUAGGCUACCAAUACUGUGAAACAUCCCUAUCGCCACCUCUGCACCCGUCCAAGAGACCUGCUUUAAACCCCCCACCAAUCAGCAAUCAGGCCACCAAAGGUAAACGUCCGAAGAAAGGUAUGGCUACAGCGAAGCAGCGACUGGGCAAGAUUCUCAAAUUGAGCAGACACAAACCCUUUUUUGUGUAAGUCCAGUGAUGGCAGCCGCCGCUUGCAGAAGAUUUGGGAUGCUGAGCGUGCAUGUUAAAGGUGACAGGGCAUAAAAUGUGUUUGGUUGAACACACUGGCUCAAAAGCAUGGUAUUGGCUACCAAUCAACCCGAAGUGGAGGAAUCAUGUGAAUAAUCGCUUCACUCAACAUGGUUUCCUAGUUUUGCUAAUAAGCAUCCAAAGAAACAAGGCAACUGAAAGGAAAAAAGACUGAAAACAACUUUUAAAGGCGUUCGGUUCUUAACGAUGACAUCCAAAAUCAGGUUUACUCUACAAAAGCAAAGACUAGCAUGCUGCCAGUCUGCUUCCCACAACUAACACGCAUCACUUUGAGGAUGUGCAUUUUAAGAAAGAGUGAUGAACUGAUUUCAUAAAGGUGCUUGACUUUUUUGGUCUUCUCAUUUUGUGACUACAACCAAGUUUUCCUAGCAAAUUCCUCCACAGAAAGAAAAUUUGCAUAACUGCCUCAAGACAAAAUUCACCCAGGAUGACGGCUUGAACUACCGAAAGAA